UUCUGUCAAAACAAAAUUGUUUCACUGGCACACCACUUCAGAGGUUAUAAUUGUUGUUGUGUUAAAUCUAGAAAUUUAACUUAAAAUGGGAAAACGUAAAAGCAAAAAUCAAGAUAAGAAGAAAAAAAUAGCCUUAGUAUUCGACGAAAGCCAAAGAAAGGAAUUUUUGUGUGGUUUUCGUAAAAGAAAACUUGAAAGGAAAAAAAAGGCACAAGAAGAAAUUCAGCGUUUACUGAAGGAGGAAAAGAAAAGAAUAAAACAAGAGAAUAAAGAAUCCUACAAAAAACUAGUAGUUUCCAGUAGACCCUUACCUGACAUUGAACAGCUGCUCAAAGAGGAGUAUGAAGAUGAUGAUGUUAAUGUUAAAAUAGUUGAAUUGUCAUCAGACACUUUACAAAAGAAAGACUUGGUUAUAGGUGAGAACAGACCUCAAGAAAAAACAGAAAAGAAAUCUGUCAAGAAACCAAAAGAAACUUCGGCAGAAAGUGUUCCUGGCAUGGGCUCUGACACUGAAGUGGAAUCUGCUGCGGAAGAGGAAGAUGAUGACAAAGAUGAAGAUGAUAAAAAACCAAAAUCUAAAAAAGAAUUAAAGCAUAUGCUCAUGCAGCAAGCCAAGAAGAAGAUGCAGAAGAGUAAAGUAUUCCAAAUGAAAAGCAAGUUGGACAGAAUACAAAAUAAGAAGAAAUCUCACCUGAAGAAAGAACACAUGGCCAGGACAAAGGCAAAAUCAGGCAAACCUGGCAAACCAAAAAAGGAAAAAUCUAAGAAGAACUUUGGUAGGAGAAAACAUUGAAAUAAAGUAUUAUAAAAUA